AUGUCCGUGGCGUUCGUGCCCGAGCGGCUGCGCGGCAAGGCCGAGGUGAACCAGGACACGCUGCAGCAGCUGCUGGAGGAGAACGACCAGCUGAUCCGGUGCAUCGUGGAGUACCAGAGCAAGGGCCGCGCCACCGACUGCGUGCAAUACCAGCAUAUCCUGCACAGAAACCUCAUUUAUUUAGCUACGAUUGGUGAUGCCACUCCGCCCAGCAUGCAGAAGCCUGUAGACUGACUGCAACUCCUGGAUACAAGCAGUGCUGCUUUCAGAGGCUGUAGCAAUAGUUUAGACUCCCACUUAGAGAGCCAAGAAGGUGUGGGUUUAAAAAAAGCAGGUAAAAAAAUUAUUUGUACUUUUGUGUUUAAAAUGUGAAUGUAAUUUUCAAUGAAGUAUUAGGCCAGCUUUUCCCCUGUUACUGUAACUAAUACAGCUUAAGAGUGAUAAUUGUGACAUUCCAUUUUCCCUCUGAAAAAUGCAAUUCAGCAUACUUCUGAGAAUAGCCUGGUUGUCAGGACAGCACUAUGGGAAUYGGAGCCUGUGUAAUGAGUAAAGUUCUAUAAUAACAAGGCAAACCUUAYGCUAGAUCACUCCUACCUCCAACAUGACAAAGUCAGGCUUGAGUUGCAUAUAUAAAAGCAGUAGGUGCUUUUGUAUCCUGUAUCGGAAGAACUGCACUUAAUAAAGAUGUUCUUUGUAAAYUGUAGUAUGUUGUAAAUGAAUAUAYAUUAACAAAGGAACUGCUCACUGAUUUAGUAAAAUCAUUUAACAGAAAUGUUAACUUUCCUAGGACUAGUGGGAUUGACUAGUUGGUGCAGCAGCAAUUAGGUGCAAGGGAGAAACCAAGCCUUUAUUGCAACAAGCUKUUGCCUAAGUUUAUCAAGGCUUUUCCUCUGUGCUUGAAAUGUGCUGUAAACAAGUAAAUUCUUGCAUAAUCAAAAUGAGUUGUGUGCUUCCUGGGUCCUGUCAGCACUGCUGGCUAGCUGCAUGGUUGUGUGCUCCUGUGCAGGAAGGAAGAAGGCAGCUUUGCACACCCUSCAUACAGCACUCCAGCGCCACAAUUAAAACACAAACCUAAGAGCCUUGAUCAGAGCAGGGAGGGCAAUAGAGUUUACUUUURGCUUACUCUGAUUCCUGAAAAGUCAAGUAAUGGGAUUUUGGCAAUGUUCAUCUGCACUACUGAUUGAAAGACUGUUGAGACAUUGUCUGUACCAUGUUCUUCUGUGCUGGCACUUGAGAAAGCAGCUUUAAAGACUGUACUGUGCAUAAAGUUCACUUUUAUAUGAUAGAGUCAGUAAGUAGGCAGCUGACAAUUUUCAAACUGUUAAAUAAUCCCAUGUUAAUGAAAUAAGAUCUUUGUUUACAAACCAAAGUUACAGUUUAAGGUGCUGCUCAUUUUCAGCAAGGUGCAUAUUUUAAACAGGUAUGACCUAUUAAAUGUAUAUCUUUAAUAAAGCAAAUAGUUUACUUUUACAGAAGCUUUAAAAUACAAACUGUACAGUUCCAGUUCAGAAGCAUUAGCUAUUCACAAGAAGCACUGCAAUAAGGGUAAGUUAACUAAGCACCAAACCCUUGCACUUGGCAGUGUAAGUGAAGUUUAAGGGCAAGACUCAUUUGCCAAGUGCAACAAUUCUUAAAAUUACCAGUGUUCAGAACAAUCGGAAGCAAAGGACAGAGUAGCACCCACAUGGUCAAAAUGCAGACAAACUCUCUUUGUUUUCGCAAUUCACUUCUGUAGGUCCAGAAACUUGCCAGCAUUUGUAAUUAUGAAUAAAUUGCAAAAACUAUAGCAAUCAUUUUGGCACUUGUUAGAAAAAAAGUUCAAAAUUAAGUGUUUUCAUUAACUUCCAUUUGGUCUUAGUAUGAAUAACCAAGUAAGUACAACCAAAUUUGGGAUUUAAUAUUAGAUCUAAACAACAAGAUUUAGGAAACUCAAAACCAUUCAUCAAGUUAAAUAACCACUAACAUUUUCAGUGGAGGGUUUUCAAAAUUAUAGUAGUACAGACCAUUAACAAUUUACAGACAGAAGCCACACUGAUUGUGCAAAGCACAUUACUGUAAAAAGUCUAUGUACAGCAAACAAAUGUUUGUAAACAUGGUAAGUAUGAAGUUUCAGAAAACAUGGUGACAAUAUCAUAAAUACAGGCAACAUUGGCAUCCUCAAACAGCACAAAAGGUAACAAUCUGGGCCUGCAAAUAGAGCCCGUCACCAUACAAACAAAAAAGGUGGAUGGGUUUUAAAUACCCAAAUGUUUAAUAGUUUUAGUGUUGUGUAUACCUUUUAUUUAUAUAUAUAUAUAUAUAUAAUGUAUUUAUUUUUUGGUAUCUUUUUAUAUAGAUGUACUUAGUUUGUAAAACCAAAACCAAAAAAUGUGCUUUAUCUUCAUUGAAAAAUUAUGUAGUUAGAACUAAUAACCCAUUUUACUAGUAGUUAACAUAUUAGAAUGAUAUGACUUAAGAAAAAUACAAAAAUAAGAUUAAUACUGUUGAAACUCUUAUACCAGAAAAUAUUGUGGUUUUUAGACUCUUUCAAAGAUGAAGUAUGAAAAUUUAAAUAAGCUCUAACUAUAUAAAGAAUCUUCUGUAAUCUCAAUUCAUAUACAGUGGGAUAGGUAUACAUAUAUUUACCAUUGUUCUUCAAUUUGUAAGCACCAGUCACACUCCCCAAUCCACUUUGGUUGGAAGAUUAUUCCUAAUUCCACAGGUUCACUUAAUGGCACAUAUUGACUGCAAAUAAUUACUUUAUCCUUUUAAAAAAAAUAAUGUUCUUUUAAUUAACUGCUACCCCACAUUUCAGUUCUAGUAUCUUCUGAGCCAGCUCACAAUUUUUAAUCAACUGUAGCAUCUGAAAUAAGACUUUAAAUAAAUGCAAGUAGUCUCUCAGGCUUUGCUUUCCACAGUGCAGGAGCACCGUGUGGAUAAUGCCUUUGGCCAAAUGCAGCUGUAGAACACUGUGUGAGAACCAGGGUCACACUGUCUACAUAGGUGCUUUUGGAACCAGGGUCACACUGUCCACACAAGUGCCACCUACAUCAAGCAGCUCACAUAACGUUGACAACACAAGGCUGAGUGGUUCUGCUGAUCUUCACCUAGAGAAGGGAAACUACCACAAAACUCAGUUUUGCAACUGUUUUCUGCAGCAGUUCCCAAGUGAACUCGCUUGUGUGGCACAGGAAAAGCUGCUGUUGCACUUCAUUUAGAAAAAGCUGCCCACAGGCCGUAAUGGAGAAUACAAAGGUCUACAGCUUGUCCUUUAUAAAUUUAAACACAGUGUUGAGCAAAGUGACCCCUAUAUAUUUGCUUCAACAUAUUCAAUGGUUUUCAGUAAGAUGUUUUAACUACAAAUCUAUAUGAAAAAUAGCUAUAAAAUUCAGUGUUUCUUGUAUGGUAGUCCUUCAGCAGUUCUUUUUAGAAAAAAAAGUCUUCAAAGUAAAGGCAAUUAUGCAYUUUCAGAAGCAUUUCUACAUCACAGUUUUGGACUGUUUCAUGUACACCAAACAUAUUGGCCAUAUUUGCUCAGCACUGUAAAUCAGAAUUCGAGAGUGUCUAUCUCACACAAACCCCCUCAAUCCCACAUCAAGAGAUAAAACAGGGUAUAACCAACACACAACUGUGAAUCAAAGUAAUAAAAUUUUCAUUUGGCCCUGUGCUGCAUUUUCCAGUAUGAAAAGCAGUUAGUACUGGUGCAGGUAAGAUGGUCUGCGUUCAUGCUUUACUGGGAAAGAUUUAAAGCCCUUGUUGAUCUGUUUGUGCUGGGAAGCCUGCUGGGGCUGCUGCUGCUGCUGCGCGUAGGCGAAGCUGGAGGAGAUGSCGGCAGCCGGGGCGCACUCGCUGGCCCACAUGGGCGACUGCAGCAUCUGCACCGUGUCGCUCCACUGGCUCACGGGGCUGCUCAGGGGGUACAGGGACGUGCUCUGGCUGGGCAGCGUGCUGGGCACGGAGGAUGUGUGCUGCCAUGGGGCCUUGGGAGGCCACGUUUUGGUCUUGUUAUCCUUGGAAAACAAAAUCACUURGGGUUGGCUUGGUUUAACAACACUUCUUUUUUGAGACAAUACUUAACAUGUCACCUUAUCACCGCCUUCAGAUAUUUUCACACUAUUAGUUUAUAGUUGAAAGCAGAACUAACUAUGUAUAUAUAUAGCACUCUAUAUAGCACUCUCAAUUCUUAAAAUAUAUGCCCGUUGAAAAAGAUUUUUAUUGACUUCAGCAUGACACACAGUGGGACCCCAUAAAAGGGAAAGAGAUAAAUGAUCCAAUUUUGUCAGUCACCAAGUUUAAAUAUUAAAAGCAUCUGAUGCUACUUGAGUUCAGAUGGUUCAGGUUUUCACUGAAGUAAGCAAUCUGGAGCUACAGAUGCUUUUCCACUUGUUUGUGUUGUGCACACCCACCCUCAAAUGCCAASAGGAGAAGGACCAAACAAAGCCAUGCUGAGCUCACCUGACUGCGGUCAUCUGCUGCUGAGAGAAGAGGAGGUGAUGGCAGAGUGCUGGGUUCCUGUUCACCACUGCUGUGUUUUCUGCCCAGAAAGAGAGAGACACGUUUUGUUUUUAAAUGAGUCACCUUCAUUAAUGUGCCACUGGCACAGACCAUUCUGUGGCUCAUUCUGUGGUACCUUGCAGCCACAGUACUGUUGUCAGUGCAUGUGUUUUCAGAAACAUUAGGUUUCAUGUACUUUUUGUUCAGUACACGUAAAAGCAGCAAUAYGGAAAUUGAUUACUGAGUCCUGUCAAGGACUUUACAGUGCACUAAUUCUUGGAGCUACAGCUUCAAUAUUUCUGUAGAGGCAAAAGGAAGCUUGGAUAGACUUUUGUUCACUUUGAAGAAAUCUGCCAGAAAUUGCGGUUUUUCUUCUGCUACCUGCUCUUGUUGCUGGGUUUGUUUUGUUUUUUAGAUUUUUUAAAAUAUCUUUUCAGCCAUAACUUUCCAGACAACACAAAAGAACAAUUGAGCAACAUCUGCUGUAGYCCAGGGAUUUUACUGAAGAAAAUGUUCUACCUUCAGUUUGAAUUUGUAACCCAACACCUAGUUAUCAAAAUAGAAGUCCUUCACCACAUGUGCAUUCUGGAAGGCUUUUCGUUUUUGUUUCUGGUUUGUUUGGUUUUUUUUUUUUACUUUUUKUGGGUUUUUUUUUUUUUUUUUUUUUUUUUUUUUUUUUUUUUUUUUUUUUUUUUUUUUUUUUUUUUUUUUUGGUUUUU